UUGUAGUUCCUGAAACUGACGCAGUGAACAGGUCUCCACAACAUGCUCUCGAGCCGAGCAUACUAUGGCAACCGUCGAUCACGCGCUCGCCUGAUAAGAGGGAUCCUCUUGAUUUUCUUCCUCUGGACUUUUUUCGACCUCAUACGCGUCCAUCGCAACCUCGUGCGACACCACGAGGAGGUACCACACACUUUAGCCACCCCCAACAGCAAGGUCUUCCUCACCAGUAUACAUUGGAAUAAUGAGAAGGUUUUAAGAGAGUACUGGAACAAUGCUGUAGUGAAUCUCACUGAGGCGAUUGGCGUGGAUAACGUGUAUAUUUCUAUCUACGAGAGCGGCAGCUGGGACGACUCCAAAGGCGCUCUCAGAGAUUUAGAAACUCGUUUGGAUGACUUAGGCGCCAGGCACACCAUUGUCAUGAAUGCCACCACACAUAAGGAUGAAAACAGGCAAAAGCCUGGUUCGUCAGGCUGGAUCAAAGACUCGUCCGGAAAGCAACGGUUGAGACGGAUACCGUACCUAUCUGAACAACGCAAUCGCGCUUUGCAGCCGCUGUACGACCUAGCAGAGGAGACUGGAGAGCAAUUUGAUCUUGUAAUACACAUGAACGACGUAGUGUUUAGCACCGACGAUAUUUUCCGACUCAUGCAGACUAAUGGAGGUGAGUACGCUGCUGCAUGCGCCUUGGACUUCUCAAAGCCACCCAAUUUUUAUGACACUUUCGCUCUUCGGGAUUCCGAUGGCUACGAGACCUUAAUGCAAACGUGGCCCUACUUUCGAUCUUCCGCGUCUCGUAAUGCACUAAAGCAUAAUGUGCCAGUGCCCGUAUCUAGCUGUUGGAAUGGCAUCGUGGUAAUGGAUGCAUCUCCUUUCUAUAGGACGAACAAUCCUCUCCGAUUUCGUGGAAUUACAGACACCUUGGCCAAUUUUCAUGUCGAAGGCUCUGAAUGCUGCUUAAUCCACGCGGACAAUCCGCUUUCGGUAACGAAAGGUGUCUGGCUGAAUCCAGCAGUACGAGUUGGUUAUAAUGGACCAGCAUAUAAAGCCGUCCACCGAAACGGUGGCGACGAUUGGCUCUCAUCGUUCGACAUUGUGGUUGGCCUUUGGAUAAACCGAAUCAAGCGUCGUGCUACAUUUACAUGGAUGCAGAACUGGAGAAUAUCACGCCGAGUAGCCACAUGGAAGUCACUUUCAAAGGGCAACGAGGAGAAAGGCGCAUUUUGCCUCAUUAACGAGAUGCAAGUUCUCGCCGACAAUGGCUGGGCACAUAUAUAAAAUUUGCAAAUACCGUGUAAGAUAUCCCAUUGUCGAUCAUAGAUUGCUGGAAGCAUCGGUCUGCUAAGGCCCCAACAACGUUGCUAUUUUAAACAACGCGCCCCUCAAAAUACUUUUUUGGCUAUGCGAUUACCCCAGUCUUCGCGAGUUCCAUUGUAGUAUUUACUUGAAGCAACGGUCAUUUUUUCAAGACUACUCAACUUAUGACCAAUCAUUGCGUCAUCAGGUCUAUACGUAAUUCACCGAUAGUCAGAACUAUAUUUCACGAAACUAGCCGUCGCGAGG